AUGACUCGUGUUGUUUGGAAUGAUACUAUUAUUCCAGAAGAUUUUGAAACUGAGUGGCAUUCAAUAAUGUCUACUUUUGGAUUGGAAAAUCAUGAGUGGUUAAAAGACAUGUACGAUCUUCGAUUUGAUUGGAUUCCUGCUUAUUACCAUGGAGAGGAUUUGGCUGGGCUUAUGCGUACUACCUCAAGAUGUGAAAGCGAGAAUUACUUCUUUGGUCAGAUUUGCAAUCCAAGAUGUACACUUGUUGAAUUUUUCACUCAUUUUGAGACAGCAAUGGAUAUUCAAAGGCAUGAGCAUAGGAGGAAUGAUCAUGAUACAAGGUAUAUUGAGUGUAAACCGUGGAGUGACUUUGUAUUGGAGAAACAAGCAUCAGAAAUAUACACCCAAACAAUUUUUAAGGAUAUUCAAAUUGAAAUUGAUGCUGCUAUUACAAAGUGUAUGUCAAAGUCUGUUGAUACUGUGGGUGAUUUUCAAUAUUUUGAAAUAAAGGAUUUCAGACAGCCAUGCACAUCUUUUUUCAAGGUGCAAUACAGCAAAGAAGAAGAUGGUUUAAGUAUAAAUUGUUCUUGCAAACGGUUUGAACAAUUUGGUAUAUUGUGCCGCCAUAUAUUUUAUGUAUUACGGUAUGAGGAUAUUAGUGAGUUUCCUAGAAGAUAUGCUCAUAGAAGAUGGACGAGAGAUGUCGUUUCAAUGGGAUCAAAUCAUUCCAAUAUUCGAUUUGAUGAAAUUGGUAGGAAUAGUGAGAUUGAUAAAGUUUAUAGAGAGAUUGUUCUUGCAAAUGAGUACGUGGUUAAUAGGCUGGUUGGCGAUUUAGAUGAAUUGUGUCGUUACAGGGAUCAUAUUAAAAGUUAUAUUGAUAAAGCGGAUGAGGUUAUGGUUGCUGCGCCGCCUCCUACUCGCAAAGAAAGAUUUGCUGAUAUUGGAGGGAACAUAGAGAAAUCUGAUUCUAUGAUUCGUGUCCCUAUCAAAACAAGGACCAAAGGAUGCGGUGUACAAAAAAGGAUCAAGUCUAAUCGUGAGAUUGCAAUUCAGAAAUCAUCAAAGAUCCAGAAAUCGUGCCGUGUUUGUGGUGGAAAAGGACAUAACAGUCGAACGUGUAAAGAUAAGGUUUCUUCUAAUGCUAUAGGUUCUAGCAAUGGAGUGUAA